CCCCACGAAUAGGAACAGCAACCGCCUCAAAAAAAAAAAAAAAAUAGAAAAGGACGCCGUCGCGUCGAUCUCGAAUUCUCGCCGCCGCCGCGCGACCUCGCCUCGACCAGACCCCCCGCGCGCCUCCAUCAGCGCCGUAGCGCGACUCUCCGUCCGAAGCCCUCGUGCUCUCUCCGUUUCCAAGUGCGAGAGGACGUCGGCGGCGGCGGCGGCGGCGGCGGCGGCAGCAGGCGUGCGGGGCACCGGCGCUUGCGCCCGGCGGUGGAGGGCGGGCCUCGUUCUCGUCGCGCAGCGGCGCGUGGGGAGGCCGCGGGUGGAGCGCGGGGGGAUUUAGGGGCGGCGUCCGUCGCGCAGAAAGGCGAAGGCGAGUAGCCACGGGAACAACCAGUGAAUAAUCAUGAGCUCACUCUGCCCUUUCGCUGGAGCUACCACUGGUGGUGGUGUAUGCCCUGUGAAAUCCGAUAAGAGCGGUGCUGGGGUAUGCCCUGCAAAAUCUGACAAGAGCAUAAGUGGUGUGUGCCCUGUGACCGGCAAGGAUAACAGUAGCGAGCACAAGGAAAGUACUGACAAUGCUGAUGAAAAGGGCACUGAUCCUCGUAUGGUGCCAGCAAAGUGCCCAUUUGGCUACGACAGCAACACAUUCAAGCUGGGUCCGCUCAGCUGCAUUAUCUGCCAGGCACUGCUCCAUGAAAGCAGCAAAUGCAAGCCGUGCGCCCAUAAAUUCUGCAAGGCGUGUAUAUCACGUUUUAAAGACUGCCCGCUGUGUGGUGCUGAUAUAGAGGGGAUUGAGCCUGAUGCCGAGCUUCAAGCUCUUGUUGAUCGCUUCAUUGAUGGUCAUGCCAGAAUCAAGCGAUCACACGCUGCCGGGGAUGUGGAAGCAGUGGGUGGCAAUAACAAAGUCAUAUAUGAGGAUGUUUCCAUGGAAAGAGGAGCCUUUCUAGUGCAGCAAGCUAUGAGGGCUUUUCGUGCCCAGAACAUUGAAAGUGCAAAAUCAAGGCUCACUAUGUGCGCAGAUGACAUCAGGGAGGAGUUGAAGUCGUCAGAAGAUAACCUAGAUCUAUGUUCUCAGCUUGGAGCUGUGUUAGGGAUGCUUGGGGACUGCUGUCGGACCUUGGGAGAUGCUCCGUCAGCAAUCACUUACUAUGAAGAAAGUUCUGAGUUCCUCUCGAAACUCCCCACAAAAGAUCUUGAGUUGGUUCAUACUCUCUCUGUUUCACUAAACAAAAUUGGUGACCUUCGCUACUAUGACGGGAACCUCCAAUCCGCAAGAAACUAUUAUGCCCGUUCAUUGGAUGUUCGCAGAAAUGCAGUAAAAGAACACUCUGCAGUGGCUUCCCAGGUCAUUGAUCUAGCGACUUCUCUUGCCAAAGUUGCGGAUGUGGAGAGAAAUCUUGGGAACGAAAGCGCUGCAGUUGAGGGUUUUGAGGAAGCAAUUCAAUGCCUUGAGAAGUUGAAGCUGGAUUCUGAACAAGCUAAUCUUGAGCAAAGGCGCCUCUCCGUUCUUGACUUCUUGCACAACCAGUUGGCAGAUAAGUAAGACUUUAUUCACCAACUGCAGUUGUCUUCUCCUGGUAAUGGUGUCCAGCUCCACUAUUUUUUUUCCUGCUUUCCUAUGGAAGGAGUUGCACUAGAAACGGCGAUUAGCACGUUUUAUCACCACCUGGAACUUUACCGCGUCACAAAACAAGUACUCAAGUACUGUAAAUGUAUCAUAUGUAUGCUCAGCGAGGAGAGUACUUUUGAUUGCUGGGAAUAUGCUCCAGCAGCCUAAAGCCCUCUGGUUAGUGGUUUGUCCUUUUCAUAGCCUUGAACAGCGCGUAAGAUGUUACUUGUGGGAAGUUCCAUCUCGCUUUACCGUGUCAUGUGUGAACGCUAAUCCCGUUGUAUAUUGACAAUAAGACAGGGAAAUAUACUAAUGAAAGCAUGGCCGUUGUUUGUUUUAGA